UUCUUUCAUUUUUUCACCUCCACUGUGGAUCUGCAAAAACCACCAAAUGGGUGUUCAAAUACACAAUUUGUCUCUAUCCUCCCUGAUUAUUUUGAUAAUUUCAGCUGCAAGUCUGCAACUUUUAGCAGAAUCCAAGACUUUCUGGGCCGACAUUGAAGCUCUCAAGGAGUUCAAGAACUCACUCAACCUCGACUCAGUGAGUCCUGGUUCGUGCGUCAACUCCUGGGACUUCACCCUCAACCCCUGCGGCAACCUCUUCAAUGAUCGGUUCACCUGUGGCUUCCGCUGCGACCUGGUCAACAACUUCUCGUCCGCCAGCCAGCUCACCGAGCUCACCGAGCUCACCCUUGACCAGGUCAGUUACUUCGGCUCGCUCUCUUCCCUAUCCUGGAACUUCCCGUAUUUACAAACGCUUAACCUUUCUAACAACUUUUUCUCUGGAUCGAUCCCGGACUCGCUUUCUAACUUAACACGGCUGAGUCGACUCGGUCUCUCCGGCAACUCGUUCUUCGGCGCUAUUCCCGACUCAAUUGGAUCCCUUUCGAACCUUGAGGAGCUUUUUCUCGACAACAACCGCCUUGACGGUGCAAUCCCACAGAGCUUGCACGGCCUGGCGCAGUUGAAGCGGCUUGAGCUUCAGGGGAACCAGCUUGGCGGUGAGUUUCCCAAAUUGGGUUCUCUCCAGAACCUCUACUACUUGGACGUCAGCAACAACGCCAUAUCUGGUGGCGUCCCAAUAAAUUUUCCGCCAUCUUUGCUCCAAAUCUCCAUGCGAAACAACAGCUUAGAAGGAAGCAUCCCGGAAGCAGAGGAUGAGGAAGCAGCAAAGCUCAAGCUCUCCAAUGGCGCCGCAUCUUCUCCACCGACAUUCAAAACCACCAAGCUGCAAAAUCAAGACCAAGAAAAAGAGCCGUUCGUCGGAGUGAACAUUGGCACCAACGUUUUGAAUCUUCUGUCUCCGUCGGACCUCGUUUUGUUUCUGCAACUCCAGCAGAUCAACCACGUCCGCCUUUAUGAUGCCGAUCUAGACAUCCUCAAAGCCCUGUCCAAAACCAAGAUCCGGAGGUUAUCAACGCCUGGGAACUCAUGGAGGGGCUCAAAGAAGGACGAGACAUGCAGCAGCAACAGCAACCAGCAUCAAGUCAAUCACAAUCUCCCCGAACAAGCUCUCUUCGCUGACCGGGGUCAGCGUCAAGGCCCUGUUCCUGUGGCUCAACAUCGUUGA